GUUUUGGUCGUCCAGAGUUGCCGUAGCCGUCAUGGCGGUGCUGGUAGCAGCUGUGUUUACUGUGUUGUGUGUUGUGUGUGUGUUUAUUGUCCGGUUAUAUCAUGUUGUGAGGACCGGCUCCAGCUAUAAACCUGGAACCAAAGGUCCGGUCUCUGUGGUGGUGGUCGCAGGAUCAGGUGGUCACACCACAGAGAUCCUGCGGCUGAUGGAGUGUCUGUCUGCAGCCUACACACCUCGACACUAUGUGAUCGCUGACACUGACCGGAUGAGUGAGGAGAAAAUCUGCACCUUUGAAAGCUCAAAGCAACACUCAGACUCUGAGUCACAGUUCACCAUCUGUCGGAUCCCAAGGAGCCGGGAGGUGCAUCAGUCAUGGAGUUCCUCUGUCGUCAGCACCCUGGACGCCCUGCGCUACUCCCUCCCUCUGGUGUUCAGACUAAGACCUGACGUGGUGCUGUGUAACGGCCCAGGGACCUGCGUCCCCCUGUGUGCGGCAGGACUCCUGCUUGGAAUUCUGGGAAUGAAGAAGGUCUCGAUUGUUUAUGUUGAAAGCAUUUGCCGGGUGCAGACGCUGUCCCUCACGGGGAGGAUCCUGUACCCGAUGUCGGACUACUUCUUUGUGCAGUGGUCCUCUCUGAGAGACAAAUACCCCAAAUCCAUUUUCCUUGGAAGAUUAGUGUGAAAACACAUCUGUUACACACACACAGAUCCCGACCCAUUUAUCAGUUUUGGCCUACCGCAGAUAUAUCGGUAAUCAGCGAACAUGAUGUCCGAUUUGCACCGAUUGUGAAAUGAACAUAAUGCAACAUCCAUAAAGCAGUGGCAACACUUGGGUGGGUCAUAGUUAACUGCUAUUACUUAGUUCCCCCACUAGAGUGCACUCUGCACAAUACUGUAACUAACUAACAUUUAUAUUUUCAAAGACCCUCUUGGCAGCGUCAACUAAGUUUUAUUCAACACACAGGACGAGCUCUUUAAAGAACAGCUACCUCACUCCUGGUUUAAAACUAUAAACCAGCACAACAAUCCCCAUUACCACCAUCAGCCACCACGUUCUGAACAGACACAUCACAAACACUAACAGCAGGGACUUCUGCAUUUUGGAACAUGAAACGGCAAUCAGGGACCAGGCAGGCAUGAUGGGAAAUGUGGUCCGUCCCUGUCGCUACGAUACUCGGAGCACUUCCUGCAAACCUGUGGUGUUUUACACUGCAGGAAUUAGCCUAGCGACUAGCAGACUUUAGGUAGUUAGUUAGUUUCCUUACUCAUCAUAGCUCUUCUACUCUUACUUGGUUUAACAUUAAGUCACUGCGUCUCCCGACUGAACAACAUCACGGUGGAAUUUCAGCCUAUUUGCACGUUUUUUUCAGCCCAACAUUGAAUCAGAGCAGCUGAUAUUGGUAGCGAGAGCAACAAGCUAGCGGACCGCCGAGUGCCGUCUCUCAGCUCCGCUCACUCUGGGUGAAUCCCGAGUCUCUUAUUUGACAUUUCCUAUUGAAAGAGGCUGGGACACGGGUCUUGGGGUAUGGGGUAUAACCAUGGAUGUAUAAAGAGAACUCGAUCCCGUUCAUUCACAUUCACAUGAACGGAGGAAGGGAAAUAACUCUGGAUUCAGCUAUUAGUGCAUUCUACAACUUUUAGGACCUAAUGAUUUAAAUAAGGACUAUAAGAGUGUUCGUAUUGCGGAGUUGAUUUACCUAAAAACAAAAUGAUCCUCUGAGUUACAGACGUCUCUUUCCCAAUGUAAGUCUAUGGGAAAAAAGUAUUUUUGGGCCCAACGGCAUCACGUGACGGACACGGACGUUGUGAUUCUCAACGUUCUGGCCAUUAUGUAAAAUUAGCUUCACAGCGUGGCGCUCUUCCUGGGGGGGGGAUCUGGGGUAUAACACAUGCGCAGUGUAACUGAAGCUGCGGUCGUAAAGUAAAUGACAACAAAAGCGUAUUUGUGUAGAUUACAGACUGCAGAAGGAUUUCUGUUUAGUUUUUCUAAUGUCUCUGUACUGAGGUGGGUCACACAGAUGCAGCUUUAUAUAUUAUAGACUGCUGUCGUCUGUUUUUUUGAAACACUUUCUAAAUAAAAGGGGAGUUCAGAAUUAUCUGACUGCUCGUAUUAAUUGAUGAGAAAGUAGACAUGCAGUAAUAUAUAUCGAAAAUUGAUAUGCAUCAAGAAUUGUUGACCGGUGAAUCGUAAUGGAAUGGAACUGUGAGGCCAGUGAAGAUUCACACCUCGAAUCAACACGUAUCGGCUGAUAUAUUGAUAUCGGAACGUUGUUAUUCCCUAAUAUUGGAAUCGGCAUCGGCCCCAAAAACCCUGUACCGGUCGGGCUCUAUGUAUAUAUAAAUAUAGGAUGAAAUGUGUUGUGAUGUUCAUGAAUAAAUUAUCUAUUUCUGAUUAUUUUUGAGUGAUGUUAA